AUGGGGUCCGCACAAAUAGGGAGCCUUGUGCAUUGCACUCUACUGCUGCUAUGGCUGGCGGCCGCCCUGGUCACAACCCAGAACCGCGCAGGCUCACACUCGCUGCGUUAUUUUGCCACUGCCAUUUCCCGGCCCGGCCUCGGGGAGCCACGGUUCACCGCUGUGGGCUACGUGGACGACACGCAGUUUAUGCGCUUCGACAGCGACGCGGAGAAUCCGAGAGCGGAGCCGAGCGCGCUGUGGGUGGAACGAAUGGAGCCGGAGUAUUGGAAGAAGGAGACUCGGUCAUUCAAGGAGCACACCCAGAAUUUCCGAACUUGCCUUCAGAAUCUGCUGCGCAAGUACAACCAGAGUCAAGAUGGUUCCCACACUAUCCAGGAUAUGCACGGGUGCUAUGUGGGACCUGAUGGUCGCUUCCAAAGCGGGCACUAUCAACACGCCUAUGAUGGCCAUGAUUACAUCACCCUGAAUGAGGACCUGAGCUCCUGGACAGCAGCAGAUGCAGUGGCGCAGACCACUCAACAGGAGUGGGAGCAGGAUGGUGUAGCAGAGAAAUACAAGGCCUACCUGGAGGGCACGUGCGUGGAAACACUCCACAGAUUACUGGAGAACUGGGAGGAAACUUGGCAACACUUAGAACCCCCAAAGACACAUGUGACCCAUCACCCCAAUCCUGAAGGUGAUGUCACCCUGAGGUGCUGGGCCCUGGGCUUCUACCCUGCUGAUAUCACUCUGACCUGGAAAAGGGAUGGGGAGGACCUGACCCAGGAAAUGGAGCUUGUGGAGACCAGGCCUGCAGGGGAUGGAACCUUCCAGAAGUGGGCAGCUGUGGUAGUGCCUUCUGGAGAGGAGGAGAAUUUCACAGGCCUUGUGGAGCAUGAGGGGCUGCCUGAGCCCCUCACCCUGAGAUGGGAGUCUCCUCCAUCCACUGUCUCCAACACAGCCAUGAUUGCUGUCCUGGUUGUCCUUGGAGCUGUGACCAUCAUAGGAGCUGUGGUGGCUGUUGUGAUGAAGAGGAGGAGAAACACAGGUGGAAAAGGAGGGGCCUAUGCUCCAGCUCAAAGUAAGUGUGGGGGGCAGGAUUGUCUCUGAGGCUCUUGGGGUGAAGCUAGAGCUCGGUCAGCCCAUAAUGGCCCCUCCAUCCCCACCUGUCAUUCUCCCCAACGUCUUACUUCUACUGCAGGCAGCAACAGUGUCCACCGCUGUGACUCCUCUCUGGAGCUUGAAAAGGUGACACCUGGGGGCUUGGUAUUGGGCCUGGGGCCAAAGGAGAGGACUGGGUCCCAGGGUCUCUCAGAUUUAGGCCUUUGAACGAGAGGUGGGCCUUUGAGAUGUUUUCAGAUUGACCGUCCUGACUCUUGUGUUUUACCCCAGAGAUAGCCCUCCUGUGGGGACAAGCUCUGACUUAGAAACAACAAAUGUGUAAAGCUAUUGGCUUUAUCUGUGUGCACAAUGGGAAGGCCUGGAGAUACACGAGCACCCUGGCCCUGAACUCCCCUGUUCUCCUCUCCACGGCCCUCCUUCCUGGUCCAGCAGACAUGAUGGGAAAUCCGCAUCCUGUCAGUUUCAUGCUGCCCUGAGCUGCAGCCUCUCACUUCCACACCAAACAUAGAAAUCUGAAUGUGAAUUCGAUUGUGCAAAUCUUUGACCCGAGGGGUUGAUUAAUGGGUAAAUUAAGGGAUUGAGAAUAUUCUGAAUUUUGCAGAGAAAAUAAAUGGCAGUGUGGAGAACCUUCCA